AAGCCAUGAAAUAGUCGCAAAGCCCUUUCUUCCUCUUCGUUUCUAAUUGUUGUUUACGACAUAAAUCGAUCGUAGAGAAGUCUACCUUGUAGACCUCUCUCUCAAAAUCGAACCCCAUUUCACGUUACCAAACGUCAAACAAACAUGCGUCUCUCUCGUGGCCCUAACCCUUUCGUUCUCCUCUUUGUUCUCAUUGUUGCACCAGCCGUAUCGGCCGAUGUAGCUAUCCUGAGAACGGACUACUACCAAAAAACAUGUCCCGAUUUCAACAAGAUUGUGCGUGAGGCCGUUUCAACAAAGCAAUCUCAACAACCAACAACCGCGGCUGGGACACUCCGUCUCUUUUUCCACGAUUGUUUCCUCGAAGGUUGUGAUGCGUCCGUUUUGAUAGCCACAAACUCGUUUAACAAAGCAGAACGUGACGAUGAUCUCAACGACUCUCUCCCAGGAGAUGCUUUCGACAUCGUCACUAGGAUCAAGACAGCUUUGGAACUGUCUUGUCCGAGUGUGGUUUCCUGCGCUGAUAUUUUAGCGCAGGCUACACGUGACCUUGUCACGAUGGUAGGAGGACCUUACUUCGAUGUGAAGCUUGGUCGUAAAGAUGGACUCGAAUCCAAAGCACACAAAGUCCGAGGAAACGUCCCGAUGCCAAACCAGACGGUCCACGACAUCCACGGGAUGUUCAAGAAAAACGGGUUUACACUACGCGAGAUGGUUGCGUUAAGCGGAGCUCACACAAUCGGAUUCUCUCACUGCAAAGAGUUUAGUGACCGUCUCUACGGACCAAAAGCCGAUCCAGAAAUCAACCCGCGAUUCGCAACCGCUCUAAAAGACCUAUGCAAAAACCACACCGUGGACGACACAAUCGCGGCGUUUAACGACGUGAUGACACCAGGAAAAUUCGACAACAUGUACUUCAAGAACCUAAAAAGAGGGCUAGGGCUUUUGGCUUCCGACCACAUCCUUUUUAAGAACAAUAGGACGAGACCGUUCGUUGAGCUUUACGCAAGUGACGAGAAAGCAUUCUUUGAGGAUUUCGCACGUGCGAUGGAGAAACUCGGCACUGUUGGCGUCAAGGGCGACAAGGAAGGAGAAGUGAGACGUAGGUGCGACCACUUCAACAAUCUCAACGUGUAAGAAACAAAAAAACACACAAAUACAAGAUAACAAUAUUUCAGUUUUUUAUUUGCGUGGAGAAAGGAGAAGAAAGUUUUCGUUGGUAUAUAUAUUCUAAAACUAUGUAUUAUAAGCAUGAUCGUGUAACAAUUCAAGAUGGGAUGUUUAAUUCUUUCGUAAAAAUGCAAAUUGUUAUACUAAAAAGUAUAUAGAUAAAAAAAGUAUUAUAUAUGUC